AUGAACGACGGUAACGAGCAUCAAAUCAGUUCGAUGAUCGUACCCGUGUGGAUUAGUCACGAGCAUAAUCCCGAGUUAGAGAAACUUAUCUAUGCGCUGCUGGAUGAUCAGUCUGAUACGACCUUUGUUUCGCAGGAAACAUUAAACCACCUUAACGUCAGUGGACCGAAGACACAGCUAUCAUUGUCGACUAUGCACGCGGAGAAUGAAUUGCUACCCAGUCAAAGGAUCAAGGGACUAAGAAUCAGUGAUGUCAUGCAUAGCAAGGUUAUUCAACUUCCCACGAGUUUUUCCUGCAUCGCAAUACCAGCAAGACGUCAACAAAUCCCCUGUCCCGAAAUGGCUAAGAAGUGGCCCCAUCUCAGAGACAUUGCCUCACAUCUGAUACAUCCUCAGAACGAUAUCGAAGUAGCACUUUUGAUUGGUUCGAACUGUCCUCAAGCAAUAAUACCGCGCGAAGUUAUUCCCGGUCAGCAAAAUGAACCCUACGCACAAAGAUCUGAUUUGGGCUGGGGAAUAAUCGGCAAUGUUACCAAGCCCACCGAAAACAACGAUGAAAGUUCAGUAGCCAUCGUUCACCGAGUAACUACGCGUAACCCCACAAGCACCAACACGCCACAGCGGAAGACUUGUUAUUUUGCCAUUAAGCCAACUGUGAAGGAAGUUAUUAAUCCUGCUCAGUUGUGCCAAAUGUUAGAGUUGGACUUUUCCGAAAGAAGAAAUUCUGAGCCAUCAAUGUCACAGGACGAUAAGAAAUUCCUAUCUAAGAUGGAUCAAGGUGCGUAUCAAGAAGAAGGUGGCCAUUACGUUAUGCCCCUACCAUUUCGUGAGCUAGUACCAAAGAUGCCCAACAACAAGUCGCUAGCCUUACACCGACUGUCGAAACUACGAAUUCGCUUGGAGAAGAACGAGAAAUAUCGGAAAGAUUACAGCCGCUUUAUGAAUGACCUCAUCGAGAAAAACCAUGCUGAGAGAGUUCCUGAAAAGGAGCUGGAAAAUGAGGACGGCAGCACAUGGUAUAUUCCACAUCAUGGGGUAUACCACCCGCGAAAGCCAGACAAGAUACGCGUCGUCUUUGACUGCAGCGCAGACUACAAGGGUGAAUCCAUUAACCGCCAUCUAUUACAAGGGCCCGAUCUCACAAAUCAACUCGUAGGUGUUCUGUGCCGGUUCAGACAAGAUCCUGUUGCGCUUACUUGCGACGUCGAGUCGAUGUUUCAUCAAUUCAAGGUUAUCGAAGCACACAGAAACUUCCUACGAUUUCUUUGGUUCGAGGACGGCGACAUAACGAAGAACCCGGUGGAGUACAGAAUGACCGUACACCUUUUCGGCGCAGCAUCUUCGCCAGGUUGCGCAAAUUACGGCUUUAAGAAAAUCGCAACAGACCACGAGAGAGAGUUUGGAUCGGAGGCGGCAAACUUUAUUAAGGACAACUUUUAUGUCGACGACGGCCUAAAGUCGGUCAACACAGCCGAACAUGCGAUUUCUUUGAUUCAGAAAACGAAAGAACUGUGCGCGAAGGGUGGCUUACGACUCCAUAAAUUUGCCUCUAAUUCGAAAGAAGUCAUCGCAGCAAUCCCACCCGAAGAUCGUUCGUGUCAGUUGAAGAACCUCAAUCUCGGAAGCGACCGCCUACCGAUAGAAAGAGCACUGGGAGUGCAGUGAUGUAUCGAGUCCGACGCCUUCCAAUUGCAAAUAACAGUGCAAGACAGCCCAUUGACAAGACGGGGCAUUCUUUCUACCGUCAGUUCAGUAUACGACCCACUUGGUCUUGUGUCACCCGUUGUGCUCAUAGCCAAGCAAAUUCUUCAAGAGUUAUGUCGAGACGGAGCCGACUGGGACGACCCAAUUCCGGAUUCAAUCAAAGUUAGAUGGGAAAGAUGGAGAAGAGAACUUUUCCUACUCAACGACGUAAAAGUACAGAGAAGUUUCAGACCCGAAGGCUUCGAACAACUGAAAUCCGUAGAGCUUCAUCACUUCUCCGACGCUAGUACGUCAGGAUACGGACAAUGUUCCUACGUACGCUUGUUGAACCACGACGGCGAAGUUCACUGUGCGCUCGCAAUGGGAAAGUCACGUGUAUCUCCCCUAAAGAACGUCACGAUUCCACGUUUAGAGUUAACCGCAGCGUUAGUUUCCGUCAGAGUAAGCACCAUGCUACACCGUGAACUUGACUAUGAUAAGAUUCUUGACAUCUAUUGGACCGAUAGUAAAGUUGUACUUGGCUACAUUGGUAAUGACGCUCGAAGAUUUCACGUUUACGUUGCGAAUCGCGUACAACAAAUUCGAGAUGAGACCUCUCCAGAGCAGUGGAAAUACGUUGAAAGCAAGGAAAAUCCGGCCGACGACGCAUCGAGGGGAUUAACGGCUCGCGAGUUUCUCGACAGUAAACGCUGGCUUUCAGGACCUCCAUUCCUAUGGAACCGUAAUCUCAACUUGGCCGCUGACGACCAUCAACCACUUCCUAGUAACGAUCCCGAAGUGAAGACAAACGUUCUCGUCACCCAAGUAACAUCCAGAAGCUUCUCGACAAUUCCCGAGCGUCUCGAGUACUUUUCGGAUUGGCAUCGUGCUAAAAGAGCCGUAGCCGUAAUCGUAAGAUUUCAACGACGAUGGAAGAAAUCUCACUUGCGACCCGAUGAAGCUCCCAUCAGCUCCACAACCGAAUAUCAAGCAUCGAACGUCGAAGAGCUUCUUCAAGCCGAAGUUGCAAUCGUGAAGCAAGUACAAGAACAAGCGUUCUCAAAGGGAAUCCAAACGUUGCGUUCAAUGCAGAAACCCGAUUCCGGUCAAGACGACGUGCGAAGACGUAAAGCGGUCAUGAAGAAGACCAGUUUGCUUCAUCGUUUGGAUCCAUUUCUCGAAGGUAACGUGCCAAGAAAUUGUUGGCGUAUGGCCCGCAUAGAAGAAGCUUAUACCGAUGAGGACGGAUUUGUGCGAAAGGUGAAGCUGGUUAUGAGUGAUCCUUCACUGAAUCGAAAGGGAGAGCGCAUUCGUGCCAAAAGCGUGUUGGAACGACCAAUCCAGAAGUUGGUACUACUAUUAAAAUGCAAUGGUGAUCAAAAUGAAAAUGAAGAUAAACGAUUCCCCGACGGAGAGCCUAACUGA